UGAGGUUAAAACCCGCAGCAUGUCUCUCAGGACACAGUUUUGCCGUCUGCUGAGACCUUUACCAAGUGGGAGUGGGGACAAGGCCCUCACUUCUAAACAAAAGUGGAUCUUGCGACAUUUAGACUUUCUAAAGCCAUUUGUUACGCCCCGCAAUGCUGAGACUACCCUUGCUAUUGACGACAAUGACACAGACACACAGGGGACAGUGGCUGAUGAUGAAGUGUCCUCUCCUGGGGAAAAUUCUUUGGAGACUGCACCUAGGGCAUCUACACCAGGACCAUCAAGGUCCUCAAGCCCACCAUCACCGGCGCCAAGAGGCCGCCGCCCAUUAAACAAAAAGCCAAGACGUUCCAAUGACAGUGACAUUGAGCUUGAGAAGCUUGAAGUCCUGAAAGAAAUGUCCAACACUGUGAAAUUUGGUUUGAACCCGGAAAAGCAAGAUAGAAUAGAUGAUGAGUCUGGCUUUGGACGACAAGUUGCAGUCGAGGUCAAUCACAUCAAAGACCCAAUUUUGAAAACAAGAGCCAAAAAGAGAAUUAUGACCACACUGUAUGAAUUCCAAGAAGCAGAUCAGAAUUUGACAGGCCGGGCACAACAGUGGGCAAAACCUAAUGAUCAGUUUAACAUUUGGUCACAGCAAACACCACCACAAUACAAACCCAGAGAGCUACAACAUAAUGAAACACAGCCUCACAUUCAGCCUCAGACCUCACACCCAACAUCUCACCAUCACGCUUACACUCUUCCCCAUGGGCAACCAAGUUACGUGCAACUCCUUGAAGACAGUGAGGAUAAUUAAAAUAGUUUGAGUGUCCCAUUGUUAGUAUUGUUAACAUUUAACAUUGGGGUGGUAGGUCUAUAAUUUGGUAACUUGUUAGUUCCGUGAAUUACAGUGUACUAAAACAUGUUUAAAUGUUGCUGCUGUUCAAGCACUUUCAUAUUGAAACGCCUUGAGUUUCCAUGUGUUUUUUUACUUUUUGCACUUUUUCUCAGCUCAUGUGGCUGAAUUAGCUGAUAUUUGCAGGUUACUAUGCUUUUGUAAAAAAUAUGAGGACGUCAUAUUGUUUUGAUUUUAAGGGCUUUGCCUGUUAGUCCAAGCACUGCAAAUUGAAACGCAUUGAGUUUCCACUUCAUUUUUUGUUUUUUAUUUGCACUUUACCUCAGCUCUUGUGGCUGAAUUAGCUAAUAUUUGCGGUUUAAUGUGCUUUUGUAAAAAGUAUGAGUGUUUUAUUGUUUUGAUUUUAUGGGGUGUUGACUGUUAGCCCAAGCACUUCAAAUUGAAACACAUUGAGUUUCCAUGUCAUUUUUUGUUUUUAUUUGCACUUUACCUCAGCUCUUGUGGCUGAAUUAGCUCGUAUUUACAGCUAAUUAAUGUGCCUUUGUAAACAAAACAAAAAAUAUGAUGAAGACAUUGUUUAGAUUUUAAGGGGUGUUGCCUGUUAGCCAAUUUUUGGCUACAAUGUGGAAGUGUUUUUUUCUAUUUGGAAUAAACGAAGAGUAAACACUG